UCCAAAAGCAGAUUUGCUUACUUAAGACUUAUCUACUUCAGAAACAUAAGUAGCUAAAAUAUCCACUUCAACACCAACAAAAGACCAAGCAACAAUGGCAAGCAAUGGAGAAAAUGGGAGACAUCAAGAAGUUGGACACAAGAGUCUCCUGCAAAGCGAUGCCCUUUAUCAGUACAUUCUUGAAACGAGUGUAUAUCCAAGAGAGCCAAAACCCAUGAAAGAGCUCAGAGAGAUUACUGCAAAUCACCCUUGGAACAUUAUGACCACCUCUGCUGAUGAAGGACAAUUCUUGAGCAUGCUUCUCAAACUCAUAAAUGCCAAAAAUACAAUGGAGAUUGGUGUUUUUACUGGUUACUCUCUUCUUGCUACUGCCAUGGCUCUUCCCGAUGAUGGCAAGAUUCUUGCCAUGGAUAUCAACCGGGAAAACUACGAAAUUGGUCUUCCAGUAAUUGAAAAGGCUGGACUAGCUCACAAAAUUGAGUUCAGAGAAGGCCCUGCACUUCCCGUUCUGGACCAAAUGAUUGAAGACGGCAAAUACCAUGGAUCAUACGACUUCAUAUUUGUGGAUGCUGACAAGGACAAUUACUUGAACUAUCACAAGAGAUUAAUUGACUUGGUCAAGGUUGGUGGACUAAUUGGCUACGACAACACCCUAUGGAAUGGAUCAGUAGUGGCACCACCUGAUGCACCCCUCAGGAAAUACGUUAGAUAUUAUAGGGAUUUUGUAUUGGAACUCAACAAGGCUUUGGCUGCUGAUACAAGAAUCGAAAUCUGCCAGCUUCCAGUUGGUGAUGGCAUCACCUUAUGUCGCCGCAUCAGUUAAAAUAUAAAGUGCUAUUGAUCGCAACCAAGAACGAAAGGCAUAACAUUGGCCUAGCUCAUAGCAAUGGAGGAUUUAUAUUUUUUAAAUUCCCUGUUUCGAUUCAUUCGUUAUUUCACCUUUCACAUUUAGUUCUGUAUUUUCUGGUCAAGGGUCGUUGUCUAGGUACCUACUGUUUAUUUCACAAAAUGUAUUUUUAUGAAAUAAAUAAAAAAAAAAAGUCCAAUUACAAAGAACAAA